GACACGAUACAGCUAGGCACAUAAUGGAGCGGUCUGUGAGAUGAUCCCAUACAGUGGAUACAUGGGGUCAUUAGUUACCCCAGAAUAGGGACCCCUCCAGGGCCUGAGUGACACACUGUCACACAUAUGGGGAGGCCCGGGGCCUGAGUGACACACACUGGGGGAGGGCCCGUCACAUCUCCGCCUCCAGGGGAGGGCUGAGCGCAGUCGGUGGGGAGGAGGGAGCAGCACAGCCGGCCGGGCGUGAACCUCACCAAGGAGAGGCACAAACUUCUCGGGCCGGGGCAUCAGAGGCUACAUGGAAAAGUGUUCGAGGAAGCGGGUAGAUAGCUACUGGCCAUUUACAGCUCUCACCCCCCUCUAACUGAGGGGGGGUCCCCGGAGAAUAGAAGACCCAUCAAUACCCCCGUGUGGGUCAGUACGAGAUGGGCAGUGCGAAAAGCAAGCCACGGGAAGGCGGACCACGGAGCCGCAGCCUAGAUAUUGCUGAGGGGUCCCAUCCACAUUUCCCAUCACUCUCUGCUUCUCAGACCCCCAGCAAGAGUCUGGAGUCGCAUCGUCCUACUGCCCAGCCAUUUGGGGGCAACUGUGAUAUUACACCGUUUGGAGGGGUAAACUUUUUGAACACCAUCACUUCCCCUCAGAGGACCGAUCCAUUAGCAGGGGGUGUCACCACCUUUGUAGCCCUCUAUGAUUAUGAAUCUCGUACAGAAACAGACUUGUCCUUUAAAAAGGGAGACAGACUACAGAUUGUCAACAACACGAGGCCAGACAUCAGGGAAGGCGAUUGGUGGCUGGCUCGGUCACUCAGUUCCGGACAGACCGGGUAUAUUCCCAGCAACUAUGUGGCUCCUUCUGACUCCAUACAGGCUGAAGAGUGGUACUUGGGGAAGAUUACACGCAGAGAAUCAGAACGUCUAUUACUCAACCAGGAGAAUCCACGGGGAACAUUCCUAGUGCGAGAGAGUGAGACCACCAAAGGUGCUUACUGUCUGUCUGUAUCCGAUUAUGACCCAAACCGUGGACUGAACGUGAAACAUUACAAGAUUCGGAAAUUGGACAGUGGUGGAUUCUACAUUACAUCUCGAACUCAGUUCAACAACCUUCAGCAGCUAGUGGCUUACUACAGCAAACACGCAGAUGGCCUCUGUCACCGGCUUACCAAUGUGUGUCCCACAUCCAAGCCCCAAACACAAGGGUUAUCAAAAGAUGCCUGGGAAAUUCCAAGGGAUUCUUUACGUUUGGAGCUCAAGCUUGGGCAGGGCUGUUUCGGGGAAGUGUGGAUGGGUACAUGGAAUGGCACAACACGGGUGGCCAUUAAGACCCUGAAACCAGGUACCAUGUCCCCAGAGGCAUUCCUACAAGAGGCACAGGUGAUGAAGAAACUAAGACAUGAGAAGCUGGUACAGCUGUAUGCAGUAGUGUCAGAGGAACCCAUCUAUAUUGUUACAGAGUACAUGAGCAAAGGCAGCCUCUUGGACUUCCUGAAGAGUGAGAUGGGCAGCUACCUCCGGCUUCCACAGCUUGUAGACAUGUCUGCACAGAUUGCAUCUGGCAUGGCAUACGUAGAGCGGAUGAACUAUGUACACCGUGACCUCCGGGCUGCCAAUAUUUUAGUAGGCGACAGCCUGGUGUGUAAGGUGGCAGACUUUGGACUGGCAAGACUGAUUGAAGAUAAUGAAUAUACAGCCCGCCAAGGUGCCAAGUUUCCUAUUAAAUGGACAGCCCCUGAAGCUGCUUUAUAUGGACGAUUCACUAUCAAAUCUGAUGUCUGGUCCUUUGGAAUUCUCCUGACAGAGCUUACCACAAAAGGAAGGGUCCCCUAUCCUGGAAUGGUGAACAGAGAAGUCCUAGACCAAGUAGAGCGUGGUUAUCGAAUGCCUUGCCCUCCUGAUUGCCCAGAUUCACUUCAUGAGCUAAUGUGUCAGUGCUGGAGGAAAGACCCAGAGGAGCGGCCAACAUUUGAAUACUUGCAGGCCUUCCUGGAAGACUACUUCACUGCGACUGAGCCCCAAUACCAACCUGGGGACAACCUCUAGGGAAAGAGCAAUCUUACCUGCAAUAUGGGCUUUAGCAAAUUUUGUGGAAAAGAACCUGUGCAAGACACAGCUGCAAUGGUACUGUAUGCCUGCCUAUCGCUGUGUUGCAGCACUUAGAGCAUCAGCUACUAGUGACAGCCUGGUACAGUGUGAUACUGCUGGCAGCAGAGGGGAAGAGCUGCUCUCCACCCCUGUGCUGCUUCUGUUUCAUCUUCCGUUUACAGCAGAUGAUUUUUCACUUUUCCGAUCCGGAACAGAAAAUUCUGCUGCUCUUGACACAUGUCGCCUGCUGAGAUAUAUAAUCUUUUUUUUUUUUCAAAGACAUGAUCCAUUCCUUCCAUAUGCCUAGAAAGCAGAGCCUGGGUCACCGGACCCCCAAACAAUCUUCUACUGCUUGUAUGUCUCAGAGAAAAUGACUUUGGAAAUAAUUUUCUCAGAAGGAACCUUUCUCAUUGGCUAUUUUCUGAGACUUUCAUUUGAGGGCAAACUGACAGACUUCUCAUCUAGAGUACUACAUAUACCAUGUUUUGUAUACUCUUUCAUGGGUGGGUUAUGGUGUCUUUCAAAGUCUUCCAGCCCCAACAAGCGUCCUCAAAACGGGAGAACGACAGUAGGGCUGCGUUUUUAUAUAAUGAAGAAGAUACAUGAUUGCCCUAACUACUGUUUGCAUCCUGAGUUAUCUGCCAUGUAGGGCCUAACACUAGAACUCCCUUUAUAAUCUAAACCCCUAUAAUGUUACCCUCUGCAGUUUCUGAGGUGGAUUUUAGAAAUGUAGCAGACUCCCUCCCUGUUAUACUGGUGUUUUUGUUUAUGGGUUAUUUUUUUAAAUUAAUCUUAUAGGUUUGUUUUUUUUCCUUGUGAGUGGAUGCUCGGAAACCACAAUGUAACAACACUCUAUGUGAAAUUCUUCCUGGGUUAUAGGGAAAACAUCUGUUUAGAAUUAUUAAUUAAUUUAUGGUACUGAAUGUUGCUUUUGGAUAGGGGGAGGCAGAGUACUGAGUCAUCACCUUUUUUAUUGUCUCCUAAGAGCCCAAUAUGACAGGGAAAUAACUUUAUAUAACGCAAAUAAGUUAUUAGAUCUCCAGCACGCUUCUCAUUGAAAAGUGAUCACUUCAAAGCAGAGAGAGUGUAAAAAGAAGGGGGAAACAUAAAAAUUGUUCAGUUUUUAUUUAGAUUUUUCCUUUAAACAGAACAGUUGUUCAGCUUGUGUAUAAGUGGUAGUAAUCCUUCACCUUGAACUAUUUAAAAUUGGGCUUUUGAUACUGGUAUAAAUGCAUUUCGCCGUGACUGUAUUGGAGGCUACUGUGACCCUUGGAUAACACAGGGUUCUGCCAGAAUGGAAUGGGUUAAUCCUAAAAUUUCUCAGGGAUGGGAAGGUGUGGGAUUUAUAUUGCCAAUGUAGAGCGAUGGGAGUGUGUGACACCAUUGCUUGUACCUGCUCUAGCAUUAGAUGUUGCCUGGACAUAGCAACUAGUUCUGGGUGGGUACAGAAUGGUAUAAAGCCCUUGCUCUCACAGUGCCAAUCUAACUUUUCUGCCUGCAUAUAGAAAAAUGUGUAUAUAUACAUGUUGUUUUUUUAAUUGUUAUAUACCACUUGUGUGCUAGGGCAGAGCUUUGUAUCGUGACUGCUAGCCCAAAUACACUGUAUGUAGGGGUGUGCUACAGAUCUGCCUGUAGUACUUGGAGGGUUACCCACUUUUUUUUUUUUUUUAAAGGGUCAAUUGAAAAGCUGGGACAGAAAAGGGUUAUGUUAGAGGGUUAACAGACCUCUCCUUUUAAUAAAGGUUACCUAUGAACCCAAGAUGUUAAGAUUGUGCUGGAUUCAUUGUAUUUGUAUGACUAGGGUGGUUGUCCCGCUAAAAUGUUCUUUGACAACAAACGCCAAGGUGCAUCUGUCAGGUCUGCCUUUCACUGCAUUGCAAUUGGCUGUCCCACCUUACAGAAAAUCGCAUCACUAGUGAAAAGGCACAGUUCUGGAACUGCAUCAUAAAAAUGGUUCUUAUAAGGUUGACUUGGCUGGAUGUCAGAGAAUUUACAAAGCUUGGACUCCCCCCUUCAAUUGUCCUGCAUGAAAGGAGAAAGACAUGUGGUCCAUUUCUCUUAUUAACACUUUAAACACUGGCACUACUUGCUUGUAUCUCCAUAGCAAUAAUAUACAUAAUUAAAAUGGUACAGUGAAUAAAGAAGAGCAGUGGAUCUAUGA